UGUGCGAGGUUUCGGCGAGCGCCUGUUUUCUGGCUAGUGUUUUUGGUCGUGAGUUCCCUCGUGUUCCACGGAUGAAGGCCACUCAAGUCGAAGAGCCAAGACCACCUCAAUCCCACUUCCUGUCCAUGAGGAGCUACGCCAUCCAUCCAUCCACCCGCACUCUUUAAGCAAUGAACGCCAGUGGGUUUACCGGCCCAAACUGGUUGCACUCGUCUUGGUUACUUCUUGUUAGGUCGGAGGGACAAACUCAAGGGAAACCAGUGUAAAGGAAAUACACAGCGACGAAACACCGAUAACACAGGCAGGGGGCUUUUCUGUUUUGAAUCCCUCGUGCCCACCUUUAACUUGAAUCACAAUUGAGGAAUCCCUUCGAUUACUGCAAAGAGUUCUCUUGUUGCUUGGAGGUGCCUGUUGGUUGGUGCUUGUAAAGUUGAUCUGAGUGGAUUGAGAAGACAUUGAUUGGGGUUCGAUCAACUAUAUUCAAAUCAAGAACUUCAUUGAUCCAAGUCAAAACUCAACCAAAAGUCAAGAUGAGUGGCAUGUUCGCAUUGAAGGCCAAGCACAAGGAGAGGGAAGGUCGACUCAAAGACCUAAAAGACACGUUCCACAAAUACGAUGCCGAUGGCGAUGGCCAGCUCACCCCGGAUGAUUUCAAGUCAAUAAUGAAGGACUCUGGCCAUGAAAUGAGCAGAGAGGAGCUGGAGAUAAUGUUUGCGGAGAAAGAUCGUGAUCACGACGGCUUCCUGAGCUUCGAGGAGUUUGUCGGGUUAGAGACCAAAAUCGAGAAAGCUUUCAAGGCCAUGGACCGCGAUGGGGACGGAUUCAUAACCAAGUCUGAGUUCAAGAAGAUCUGUCGCAACCUCACAACGGAACAAGUGGAGGCAGCCUUUGCCAAAUUUGACAAGGCUGGCAAUGGAAAGCUGAACUAUCUCGAGUUUUGUGGCAUGAUGAACGCCCGUAAACACUCCGCCUCAUCUUCACCCAAUGGCAGCGCGACCCCGGAAAUGGCUCAUAAAUAGUAUUUCGUUCCGCAAAAGAGCCAUUCCUUCAUUGUUCUACAUCUCUCAUACUUUCCUGUUCUUUUGAUCCAACACUUUGAUUUUUAGGAGGAUAAAUUAUGCAUUCUUGAUUCCAAUCAAAAUAACAAAACGCAUAUCAAAUGGUCCCGAUGAAAUGCUAAACCAAUUUGUGGGUUGUGAAUGGAAUAUGUUAGCUAUCCAGCCGACGUUGCUCAACAUUGUAAUGGCAAGAAAAUGGAACAAAUAAACUUUAUGGUUUGGA